UUUCCUAAUUAGGCCACAACCAUAAUGGCUAUUCCAAAAGGAUUAGAAAUCACUACUAUAGGAUUAUUCUUACUUUUGGGUAUAGCCAUUUUAUCAUCAAAAGUUGCAGAAUGUGCACCUUUUGGUUCGCGUCGUGGCCUUAUGGAGACAGUUUUCGAUGUUACCAAGUACGGAGCUAGACCAGAUCCCACUGCAGAUAGCACUCGGGGAUUUAUGAUGGCAUGGAGAUCAGCCUGCCAAUCAACAGGCUCAGCAAAAGUUGUUAUUCCACCAGGAACAUUCACUACAGGAGAAACUAUUUUUCAAGGCCCAUGUACAUGCCCAAAGCCCAUUACUAUUGAAAUUCAAGGGACAGUAUUGUCAAAUACAGACAUAAGUUUGUACUCACGUGCCUCCUGGAUAUCCCUCGAACACGUGGACGGUGUCGUUAUUACAGGUGGCGGAACUCUCAAUGGACAAGGAAAUGCCAGCUGGCAGUAUGCUGACAAAACCGGAAGCACUCCUCCUCUCCCUACUUCUCUUGUAUUUCAAACUGUGAAGAGUUCUUCCAUCAAUGGCAUCAAUUUUGUGGAUUCCAAAGGUGUCCACUUGAAAAUUACUGAUAGUAAUGACAUCACAGUUACAAAAAUCAAGAUUACAGCACCAGGAACAAGUCCAAAUACUGAUGGAAUUCAUAUAAGUGAAACAAUUAAUAUCAAUAUUACUGAUAGCAACAUUGGGACAGGUGAUGAUUGCAUUAGUGUUGGACAUGGUACUACCAAUAUUUUUGUCAAUAAUAUUCAUUGUGGCCCUGGACAUGGAAUAAGCAUUGGAAGCCUUGGAAAAAGACCAGAUGAGAAGGAUGUUACAAAAGUUUAUAUAAAAAACUGUACAUUUCACAGUACAACAAAUGGUGCAAGAAUCAAGACUUAUAUGGCUUCAUCUCCACUACAAGUUUCUGAUGUUGUUUAUGAAGAUAUUGUCUUGGAUGAUGUUAAAAAUCCAAUUCUUAUUGAUCAACACUAUAAUUCCAAGAACAAAAAUGAGCCAUCAAAGGUGAAAUUAACAGAUAUUCACUUCAAGAACAUAAGGGGCACAACAAAUACAAAAGCUCCAGUAGCACUUAAUUGCAGUGAAGCAGCUCCAUGUGAAGGAGUUGAAUUGGCUGACAUUGAUAUAACCCCAUCUGAUUCAACUGGACCUCUUUUAGGAGCAACAUGUCAAAAUGCCAAAACAGUAUUCAGUGGAAAAACUAGUGUACCAGCAUGUCAAUAAUUACAUUAUUAAUCAAAUUAUGUCUAUGAAAAAUGUGUGUGAAUUUCAA